GCGCUGCCGCAGAAGAUGUCGGCGCGGCGGCCGUGGCCGUGCUGGCUGCUGCCGGCGCUGCUGUGCGGCGGCGCGGGGGGGUACGUGGUGGUCAGCUCGGUGUCGUGGCCGCUGCCCGAGGCGGGGGCGGCGGCGGACGAGCUGCACAGCUCCUCCACGGAGGAGGCGCUGCCCGCGCUGCUGGAGGAGGCGGGCAGCCUGUGGAAGCAGAGCUACCCGGCCUCGGCGUACCGCGAGGAUGCGGCGCUGGGCCCGGGGCCGGCGGCGCGGCGGCCGGGGCAGGGGCAGGGCGCCGCCCCCUCCAGGAUGUUCUCCUACCGGCGGGAGGGCGGCGCGGCGCCGGGCCGGGCCGGGACCGCCCGCUUCCUCGCCCGACACAACACCUGGGGCUUCGUGGCGACGCGGGCCGCCCGAGGAAAGAUCCAAGGUAUGCCCUAUGGGAACUGUUUACUUCUCAGCGAUGGUCCCAUCAAUAACAGCACUGGAAUCCCUUUCUUUUACGUGACACCAAAGGACAACACUGUGACAGACCUUCUGAAGAAUCCCAUGGCUUCUCUGACCCUUCCAGAGGCAGAUGGAAAUUUCUGCAGAAAAAACGUGAUUGAUCCAGAGGAUCCAAGGUGCGCCAGGCUGACUCUCACAGGACAGAUGGUCACGGUGCCUCCAGAGGAAGUAGAAUUUGCCAAGCAAGCAAUGUUUUCCAGGCACCCAGUGAUAAGAAAGUGGCCUCGUAGCUAUGAGUGGUUCUUCAUGAAAAUGAACAUUGAACACAUCUGGCUUCAAAGCUGGUAUGGAGAAGUUUCUCCCAUUGCAGUAGAAGAGUAUUUAAAAGCGGUUCCAAAUAAAGGAUGAUUGAAUGGGCUUUGAGAUAAAAAUCUCCUGAGUUUCCUUUCCAAACACUUUUAAAAUUUCAUGGUAGAUGGUUUCUUUACAGUGAAAUUUUUCUUCUUCUCCCAAAAGGCUUUAAAAUAGCCCUGUGUCACAUGGAGUGGAGUGAAAAUAAAUCAACACAGACUUUCAAAUUAUAAAGGAGAGGUGGAUAUUAGCCCUACCCUGCAAUGUACAAACUUGUCAUUUCAAGCAGGCAAUGCGUCAUCUGAAAUGCUGUUUUUAAAAUGCCUUGUAUCUGUUUGUUUUGACUUCUAUUGCUGUGCACCCGCAGGGAAACUACACUAUGUGCUAAAUAUAAUGUUCUGAAUUGCAGAAAAUGCAAAUUGCCUACUCAGAACCCUCUAUGCAUUGUGGAGGUAUUACUGUUGCUUGGUCUCUCUUGAUUUGUAAGUACUAUAAGAGAAAUUUAAUAGCUGCAAAUUUAGGUAUUUAAGUUUAAAAACAAAUUAUUUGCUAAAGCUGUCCUCAUUUACUAACUUCACUUUUCUAUGUGUGCUUUUCCCUAAUUAGAUAAUUUGAUGUUUCACUUGGAAAUUGAGUAAAACUUCUCUCUUUAGUAGAAAAAAUGCAAUCAGUUCAAAAAACACAGCUCCAUAUAACUUGUCUCUGACACAAAGCUGGUUAAACGCAUUAAAGGUCAAAAUCAAAUCAGCCCCACAAGGAUUUUCUCAAUACAAGUAUAAACAUUCUCCUAAGAAGAAUUUAAGUAAAUGUUCUCAGCUAGCCUGUUCCUGUUGAGACAGGGAAAGUAUUUUUAAUAGCCUGUAGUCCCAAUUCUUUUUUGCCUCCCUGCUCCAGCCACUGCUUUAUUUUUAACUGGCUUGUGCAACUGAUUUUUUGUAAGCCCUCACUAUCUCACUGAGGGGUGGAGUCUGUUCCUUAACUCUGUUUCCUCACCAAGAUUUAAAGGGCUCAUUCAUGCAUUUAUUUUUUAAAGAAGCCCAAAGUUGGUAGGUAUUUCAGGUCAUGAAAACUGCGUUCUUGGUGUGGAAAGUGCAAACUUUGUUGCAAACACAUUAUGUGUGGGCUUCUCAUGUGGUAAUACUAAAAGAGUUCAAAGGUAUUUUAAUCACUGUCAGCUCUUUCUCUAGAUGUCCUCCUGGUAAACUUAUUCUGCAGUUCGUAAGGGUAUCACAGAAAGAAAAUUCCUAUGGCUAACCAAGUCACCACACAGUUUGAAAAUUAUGUGGCUGCUCUCCCUGUUACAUUAAGAAGGAGACACAUUGAGAUGGGGUUUAUGUGCCUGUGGGAAAGGUCUUCCAGUAUCCUUGGGAGAGCACCUGAGCUCUGGUCAUCAACCUGCACCACAUCUGGGCUGGGGAGGAGCCUGGGUGAGUGCCCUGAUCUUGUACAGGUUAAUCCCUGGGCAGAGCUCAGAGGCAGCUGCAUGAGCUAUGAUCAGCUGGAAGCCAAUUAAGUGUAGCUGAGCUUAUUUUGGCUCGGGCAUGGAGAGAGAGACAGUCAUUCCCAGAAGAGCUGGGCACCAUGCUGGUGUAACUGUGAGAGGCCCCAGAGUGCCCAACUUAGCCCUAGGGCGAGUCCCAGCCCCCCAGCUAUCACUACUAUUCCUCAUACUCUGUAAGAAGCCAAGGCAAAUGAGGGGGGAAACCUUGUUUAGGCACUCACUAAAGCUUUUUUAUUCUUGUCUCAUUGCCAGAGACUUUGUUAGCUGUGCAGAUCUUUUGCCGAGGUAAUUACACAAAAGGAGGAAGUGUCCUGCCUGAAUCUAUUUCCUUUUUUUUUUUUUUUUUGGCAGAUGAGCUGCAUUUUCACAUUUGAGUUCGCCCCUUAAUCUUGCAUUGUGAACUACUGAAGCAAGAUGGCCUGUUCUAUACAGAUUUAUAGAAUACCAUCAAGUGAAAACCUCCUUGAUUCCUAUAAUUUUGCCAUGGAGAUCUUUGUCCACUAUGGAUUUGAUGACUUUGUCCAUUAGGAUUAAUGGGAUUUUAAAACUGUGUUCAACAGGAAGAAUACCAGUCCUUGUAGGAGAAUUUCAGAGGUGUAACAUUCCUGUAAAAGCAUAAUUACAUAUUUCCUUAUCCCAGUUCACUACUAUUCCCAGAGAAACCUGAAACCCCCAUUCUGCCCCCCUAAAUACACACAGAUUAAGCAAAUCCAGAGUACGAUCUUAAUGUUUAAACAAGCUGAAGAAGUGAGGAAGAAUUUUAGAAGUGCUACUGUUACUAUACUCUCAAUUUCCCAUUCACAUCCCCUGGCAACAGUGACAUGGUCCUAUGUCCUAUCCAUUACCUCAUUAACAAGCCCUGAAGCAGUAAGGGGUUGUGUCAAGAAGGUUAGAAGAGCUUUAAUAGUUUAAGAAGUCAGUGUGUACUAAAAAAGGUUUUGAAUUUACAACACACUGCUUGUUAUAGGCUGCCUCCCUGCACACACAGAUUAAUUGGAGUCGCUUCUGUAUUGUAAAAUGACACAUUCAUCAAGAUGAUUUUCUGUAUGGACCUGCUGUGAGGCUCUUGACAGAACCUUAAAAAAUGAAAUGCUUGUGACAUGUAAUGUGACAAAGGGGCCUCAUGCCUUAUAUCACCUGUUCUCUUUUCAUGUUUCUUUAACCCAAGGAAUAACUACCAUGUGAGUCCUUGAAAGUCUGUAGAAAUUCAUAGAAAUUCAUCAAAAAUACAACCUGCAGAUUUUGAGUGGAAUUACAGACCAAAAAAAAAGGGUGGUGACAGUAGUUUAUUUGAGCUUUAUAUUAUUAUUUAUAGGCUAGUUUUAACUUUUCUUCAAACAGACAAAUGUCUCAAAUAAUAUUGGUCAUCACGUGGUAAGUAAUGUUUAUUGAAGCUUUUAACUCAGAGUUGUAUCUCAAAUACCACAGUAAAAAUUUCCUUAAGACUGUAGAGUCUGAUUUUGCUUCAGCUCAAUAUCAAUAAUCUCAUUUAUUUAUUGAGCUUUAAUUAUUGGCUCAAACAAGCAUUUUUUUAAGUCUUGACAAGCUCUUCUGUAUUUAUUAAGCAUUUCAACUAGCUGAUGUGUAAUUUCCAUGUGUUCUGUAUUUUCCUUAUUUCUGUAGCUUCCCCAAAAAAAAGGCUGUGCAACAUGGUUAAAAUUUUACCUGUGGUAUUAGAAUAUUUAAAAGAUGUAUUUAGUAAUUUCUGUAUACUUGAAAAAAGAAAAAUGAUGUUGAAAAGUUGAGUUCUCACUUCUUGCUAAUUUGGGCAAAAGAAAUGCAGGUACAUGAUUUAGGCACAGCUAUUUUGAACUGGUGUUCUUAUUUAAUCAAAGAAUGUUGUUUCUAAUGAAAUUUUCAUCACUUCAGUGAUUGAAAUGCCACCUGUCUCAUUUCUGGAUGUGUAUUACAAUUUGCAAUGUACUUUGAUUUCUAAAAAUAUUGAAAGUUGUUAACAAAAUGGCCAUGAAGAAAUGUAAAUAAAACAAAUUUCAAAGCAGAAA